AUGAUAUCGCGAGCUGUGUUGAGGUCACUGGUUGCAGUUCUGACUGUAUGUUGUCUAACGGGGCUGGUUGUUCUCCGGCAGCCAUUUCAACUGUCACAACUCUCACAUUUUGAUGCAGCGAGCAGUACUGGUCUCGAGCGAAUGCGAGAUUAUACCAAUUUGGGACUGCAGCGGAUACAGGGACUAUUGAAUGGUGGAUGUUUGAGAUCUGACUUAGCGGUUGAGUUGGCGCAUUUGGACAGACUUCUGGCAGGUUAUGUGGCUGUACCUGAACAAGGUUAUAGCCAUUAUACUGAAGUUGCGGAAGAUGAUUGGCCAAUUGACUUGAACCAAUACAAGGGAAGACACGUGUUUAGACUCAGAUAUGGUAAUUUGAAAACCCAAGAACUUUUGAUGAUGACAAUUCUCGAAUUGAACAUGAACAUAUGGGCUACUGCAGUUACUCAAAAUUUUGUUGAUGUCGAAAGUGAUGAAGAGUCCAUUAGGGUUUUGCUCCAACAGUUCUAUGGCAAACACCCGAUAUCCGAGACUCCCCAGCUACAGCUGGAAUUUUUGAUCGGGGACCUAGCGCAGACGGUCUACGAAUCCUAUCCGGCUGAGAUGGACGUUUCCGAAGACGUUGGCUCAUCGGUGGACUUAUUUUUCAGAAAAUACAGAGACUUGCACACCAUCUACUCUUGGUUUGAUUUGUUGGUCGAAACGUAUCCUGAUAUUCUGGAGCUGGUCUGGAUUGGCCAGACGUUUGAAGGAAGAGACCUUAAGGCCCUGAGAGUAUCGUCUCAUAAGGAGGGCAGUGAGGAUGUAAAGACGAUUGUGAUUACUGCUGGAGUUCACGCCAGAGAAUGGAUCUCGACAUCGUCUGCAUGCUACAUAAUAUACAAGUUGAUCGAGGAUUAUGAGUCUGGUGGCAGAGAUGCGCACUACUACCUCGACAACCUGGACUUUCUAUUCAUUCCAGUGACGAACCCUGACGGAUACGAGUAUUCGUGGCAUUCAGAUCGCCUCUGGAGGAAGAACAGACAGGAAACGUAUCAUCCUCGAUGCUGGGGCAUUGAUAUUGAUCAUUCCUUUGAUUUCCACUUUCAAAAAUCGGACGACCUUCCAUGUGGAGAAGACUACAGCGGCGAAGAAGCCUUUGAAAGUUUGGAGAGCAGAAUUAUCAAUCAAUAUCUCAACGAAACCAAACACCAGCAUUCAAUUCAUGGCUACAUCGAUCUGCACUCUUAUGCUCAAGAAGUGCUGUAUCCGUACGCUUUCUCGUGCUCGCAGAUGCCCCGGGACGAGGAGAAUUUGCUGGAAUUGGCGUACGGACUCUCUAAAGCAAUCCGGCUUUCCUCUGGUAAAUCAUACGGUGUUUUGAGUGCAUGUCAGGAUAAAGGUGCGGAUUUUUUGCCAGCACUUGGAAGUGGUUCUGCUUUGGACUACAUGUAUCACAAUCGGGCAUAUUGGGCGUUCCAGUUGAAGCUUCGUGAUUCCGGAAAUCAUGGCUUCUUGCUUCCAAGCAGAUAUAUCGGGCCUGUUGGUGAGGAAAUAUACUCUGCCAUAAAAUACUUUUCGGCGUUUGUUCUGAACCCAGAGGGUUAA